AUGUCAUUUCUCCCUCAUCCUCCGUUCAAUCCACCCUCCUCCUCCUCUACUCUUCUUCUUAGAGACUGGAAGAGCCUCAUCGCCUCCCAACCGCUUGUCUCAAACGACUUUACUUCCUCGAUCUCUCACUUUCCCACUGAGAACGCUACGGCUCAUUUCACAUCUGCUCAGUUCAACGCCGGAGCUCCUGAAUGGUCCCUGUCCCUGGUCGGCUAUUCCAUCGGUAGACGGCCGUACUAUGAAGCCUUGCUUACCACUAUCAAAAAAGCAUGGAACUUGAAAGGAUCCCUCUCUCUGCUUACCCUAGAUGACGGCUUCUUUCUUCUCAAGUUCAACAACCGCGAAGACUAUGAUAUGGCCUGGUCUGGUGGCCCAUGGUUCUUUUUCGGAAAGCCCUUCAUUUUGCAGAAGUGGACUCCGGACUUCACCCCCGUUCGUGAGGAGUUUCCAUCGAUCCCCCUCUGGAUCAAAAUCAAAAAUUUCCCGCUCUCUUGCUGGACGCCGGAGGGCAUUUCCAAGAUUGCGAGCUGCGUCGGCAUCCCGCUCGCGGUGGACGCACUCACUGCGGCCAAAACGAGACUCACCUUUGCCCGGGUUUGUGUCCAGGUGAGUAGUGCUUCGCCUUUGCCGGAUGUGAUUUACUACACCGUGGAUGACAAAACGUUCCCUCUCACUGUGUUAUACGACUGGAAGCCCUCUCAUUGCUCCUUCUGUAACUCCAUCAUGCAUUCUCCUAACACCUGCCCUAAAAACCCUACUCCUCAGCUCACUGAGACCAGCCAAAACCGUGGCAGAAGCACCAGCCGCAAACCCAGGAAGCUACCCCCGAGGUUGAACAUUCCUAAGCCGCCCAGUUCUACUACCUUUCAGUCCCAACCCCCUCCACCUUCUACCUCUCUUUCAACAGACCCACCUACUGCUAAGGCUGUUGAAAUAGCCACUCUUUUACCUAACCUUAAUUCGCCUUCUGAGGACUUCAUUCCACCCUCACCUACCACCAUUAUUAUCCCCUCACCCACUCUGCAUACUUCCCCUCCUGUCCCAACUAAAAAUAAAUUUGAUGCCCUUACUGACCAAGACCACUUACCAGAAUCCUCAUCUGCCCAGUCAGACUUCCAUCCUUCUUCUUCUACCACCCAUCGUGACCAACCGGAUAAACCACCUGACUCCACCAAAAAACCCAAUACCUCCAGCAAUAGCCAACCUACUCCUCAAAAUGUAGCUUCCACUUCAACAGCCAAGUCCACAAGAGCCAAAUCGGCCAAAAAGGCCACCACCCCCACCUCUAAAUCCCAAUGA